AUGUCCUAUCGCGGUGACAGAGGCGGUCGCGGCGGCCGAGGAGGCGGUGAUAGAGGUGGCUUCCGUGGCCGAGGAGGAGGCGGCGAUUUUAGAGGAGGUGACAGAGGAAGGGGACGUGGAGGCGGUGGUGGACGUGGAGGAGCCCGUGAACCUGGCGGGUUCGUGCUUUAUCAUUCGCUUUCACUGCUUUUUCACCAGCCAAGCGCUGUCGACUCGCGUCUUGCACAGCAGGACCAGGAGGCUCUUGUAUCCACUUUCCGUAAUGUCUCCCUGACGCCGACAGACCUGCCCCUCCGUCCCGGCUGGGGAACGAGCGGCAAGGCAAUCAAACUCCGCACCAAUUUCUUCGCCGUGCGCGUGCCCAAAGGUCCACUGUGUGAAUAUGAUGUCAAGAUCACCCCAGCCGUCUCCGUAAAGCGCGUCAAGCGCAGAAUCUUCGAUCUCCUUGAACAGGUGCCUGAAUAUCAGAGGUACAAGGGUGGCGUCGCUCAUGAUUUCAGCGCGAAGCUUAUCGCCGUCCGGAGGCUGCCCCAGCCGAUAUCAUUCACGGUGCCAUAUACCGAAGAAGACGGUGCUUCACGCACGGGAAAAAAGGGCGAGAAGAAAGAAUAUGUGGUCGAGAUGAAUUUCAUCCAGGAUAUCGAUCUAUCCGUGCUUACAGGGUUCCUUUCUGGAGACCCGUCAUGCCGCUCACUGGACAUCGCGCCUAUCCUUUCCGCACUAAAUAUUGUCCUUGCCCAGCAUCCAUCGCGUAACGGUGUCAUGGUUGGCCGGAAUCGCUUCUUCUUCCCCCAUGAAAACUUUAACCUCGGCGGAGGCCUUGAAGCAUGGAAAGGCUUCUACUCCUCCGUUCGUCCCGCAUACAAGCAACUUAUGGUGAACGUCAACGUUGCGACGACUGCUUUCUACUCAGAAGGUAAUCUAGCGAACGCGAUGAUUGAGUUCCGCAAUGCGACGUACGGCGGCAGGAUCGACCAGUUUGUGCGCGGUGUGAGAGUUCAGACGACCCAUUUAGGACAUAAGAAAUCCGUGAAGAGGGCGUCAACCCUUACCGCGCGUACCUACAAAUUCAAAUGGGACGAGGCAGGAGGGCAACAAAUCAGCGUCGAAGAAUAUUUCCAGAAAAAAUAUGGCCUCCGACUUCAACAUCCCGACAUGCCGCUUAUUGACGUCGGCGGCACGAAGGCGAACCUCCUUCCACCCGAAGUCUGCCAAAUCCUUCCCGGUCAACCCUUCCGGGGAAAACUCGCAGAUGAGCAUACUUCCCAGAUGAUCCUCCAUGCAUGCAAGCCUCCCAAUGUCAACGCGCGUGCUAUUGUCGGUCCGGGAUUGACCUCACUCGGGUUCAAGAAUGACGAAACCCCGCUUCCUGGAUUCGGGAUUAAGAUUUCGGGCCAGAUGGCCGUUGUGCCAGCACGCAUCCUCUCUCCGCCGAGGGUGAUGUAUGCCCAGAAGGCUCAAGAAAUCGAUAUACGCGCGAGCUGGAAUUUACGUGCAGUCAGGUUCUCAAGGGGUUCCUCGUUGCAAAACUGGGCUGUCCUGCUCAUCCGCGACGGGAACAAUCGCUCCGAAUUCCAGGGUAUAAAUGACCCGGAGUUGAGGAAGACGAUCAACGGAUUCUCCAAGAUGUGCAGCACGAGUGGAAUGAGUGUGCGCAAUGAUCCGAGGUACACCGAGGCUGUAAUGCCCCCAAGGUCGCGCGAGGACCCGACUCGUAAAUCCGCGAUCGCACAGAUCCGUAACGCCAUUACUGGCCUCAGACCGAAAGUUGACCUAAUCCUUGUCAUCCUCUCCAAUGGGGAUAAGCACAUAUAUUCCGGACUCAAACACCUCUGCGACGUCUAUCUUGAUGUGCAUACAGUCUGUGUACACGCUGAGAAGAUCCGGAAGGACAAAGGGCAAUUGCAGUAUUUCGCAAAUGUCGCUCUGAAGGUGAACAUGAAGCUGGGAGGGGUGAAUCAUGGAUUAGACCCUGAGAGCAUGACGUGGCUGAGGAGCGAACCGACAAUGCUUGUCGGUAUGGAUGUUACCCACCCCGGACCUGGUAGUCUGAAGGGAACGCCGAGUAUUGCUGCAGUCGUAGCCAGCAUUGAUGAGCACUAUGCACAGUUCCCCGCGAGUAUGAGGAUCCAAGAAACGAGGAAGGAGAUGAUCACUUGCUUGAAGGAGAUGAUGAUUGAGCGCAUUGAGGGAUUCCGCGAGAAGUCUCGGAACCUCCUUCCGAAUCGUAUUCUCGUAUACCGCGAUGGUGUCUCCGAGGGUCAAUAUUCAACCGUUGUGAAAGAAGAAAUGCCCCAGAUCAUCGAUGCCUUCCGAAAAUUCGACACAGCUGCUAAACCAUAUCGUCCAAAACUCACCAUCGUUAUCUGUGGCAAACGUCACCACACGCGAUUCUACCCGACUGAAACCUCCGAUGCUGACCAGCUCGGUAACCCUCGCCCCGGAACGGUAGUCGAUCAAGGCGUUACAGGUGUCUACGCCUUCGACUUCUUCCUCCAAGCUCACGGUGGUCUCCAGGGCACUACAAGGCCUACACACUACUUUGUCGUGCACGAUGAAAAUAACUUUUCAGCGAACGCACUCCAGCAACUUACUAACGACGUGUCAUACAUGUUCGCUAGGGCGACGAAAGCGGUGUCGCUUGUCAGUCCAGCGUACUAUGCGGAUUUAGCUUGUGAGAGGGGCAGGUGCUAUAUACAUGAGCUGUUGCAGGCUGUAGAGAGCAACACGACGAGCAGUGGGAACGAGGAGAGUGUGAUGAGGACUGCGACAAACCUCUGGAGAGGAGGUGUCCAAGGCCCUCUUUUGAAGAAUACAAUGUUCUACCUGUGA